AGGAUCAGUCCGGGUUGUGCAGUGGUCGAGAGGUGUUGUCGUCCUGGUGUUGGCGUGUCGUGCUGUGCCGUGGUGCGCACUUUGUCCUCACCAGUUCUCCUAAAUUGAUGAACAUUGUGGAAAGGACAUAUUUCAGCAAGGCUGGGAUUUGAAAACUGGCGGCUUUAUAUAUUCUAUGGAAAUCAAAUGUCAAUCAAUGCACGCGGUGAUGGUUGAGCAACAUUAAACGCAAGUCGUAACAUGUGCACUAUGUUGACUUUGUUAAUUGUUUUUGUGCAUUCUUGAUAUUGCCAGUGAUUUUGCUAACGAUCACCUGUAAGUAAGAUCACUCUGAAAUAAGCAUUUCAUGUUGGGGAGAUUUUAGUGAUGCUGAUGUGAGCCAUCGUGAGCAGCACGAGGCGACGGUGAUGAACAUUCUAGUCAUAAAUCAACAUUUCAAGGAUUACUAAGAUCGGUGCAUUGAGGAUAUACAGCCAUUGACAUCAUGGAGGAAUCGAUGAUGGCGGACGUGGACCCCGAGACGCUGUUGGAGUGGCUGCAGAUGGGCCAGGGCGAGGAGCGGGACAUGCAGCUCAUCGCCCUCGAGCAGCUGUGUAUGCUGCUGCUCAUGUCAGAUAAUGUCGACAGGUGCUUCGAAAGUUGCCCACCAAGAACAUUCCUGCCUGCACUCUGCCGUAUCUUCCUGGAUGAGUGUGCUCCAGAUAAUGUUUUAGAAGUCACUGCCCGUGCUAUUACUUAUUACCUGGAUGUUUCUGCCGAGUGUACGCGUCGCAUCACCACCGUAGAUGGGGCUAUAAAGGCAAUGUGCAACCGUCUUGUGGUGGCUGAUGUGUGCUCAAGAACCAGCAAAGACCUAGCUGAGCAGUGUAUUAAGGUUCUUGAAUUGAUAUGCACCCGCGAAGCUGGUGCAGUUUUUGAAGCAGGUGGUUUGAACUGCGUCCUUUCAUUUAUUAGAGACAAUGGUCACUUGGUUCACAAAGACACGCUUCACUCAGCAAUGCACCUUGUUUCUCGCUUAUGUGGGAAAAUGGAACCGGCUGAUCCAGGACUUGCUCCGUGUGUCGAGUCCCUUUCCACACUGCUCAGACAUGAGGAUCAGCAUGUAGCAGAUGGAGCUCUACGUUGUUUUGCCUCCUUGGCUGACCGGUUCACUCGGCGUGCCCAGGACCCAGCACCUCUUGCACAGCACUGCCUUGUUACUCACCUUUUAGCUCGUUUAGCCGGUGCUGCCCCCCAGCCAGCACCCGGUGCGGCUGCCACUGCCCCAGGAGCGCCUGCUGCCACUCCAGAAAACUCCAAAACAUCUGCCUCCGUUUCUACUGUGAUUUCUCUGCUCUCUACUCUGUGUAGAGGCUCACCCAGUAUUACUCAUAAUCUGUUGAGAUCUGAACUCCCAGAUGCUAUUGAAAAAGCCCUUCAAGGAGAUGAGCGCUGUGUGCUGGACACCAUGCGCUUGGUGGACCUGUUGCUGGUACUGCUUUUUGAAGGAAGAAAGGCCCUACCCAAAUCAGGGAUGAGUGCUGUUGCUAGUAGACUCCCAGGCCUCAGACGAAUGGACAGUCCAGGGGAGAAGACUCAUCGCCAACUAAUAGACUGUAUUAGAAGUAAAGACACAGAUGCUCUGAUAGAUGCCAUAGAUAGUGGAGGUAUUGAGGUGAAUUUUAUGGAUGAUGUUGGCCAGACUCUUCUCAAUUGGGCUUCAGCAUUUGGUACUCAGGAAAUGGUUGAGUUCCUUUGUGAGAGAGGUGCUGAUGUAAACAAAGGCCAAAGAUCCUCCUCCCUCCAUUAUGCAGCAUGCUUCGGGCGCCCUCAAAUUGCCAAAGUACUGUUACGUCACGGGGCCAACCCUGACCUUCGUGAUGAAGACGGCAAGACUCCUCUAGAUAAAGCACGAGAGAGAAAUGAUGAGGGACACAGGGAGGUUGCUGCUAUACUUCAGAGUCCAGCUGAAUGGCUAGUUGUUGCUGAAAGCAAAGAAGGGAAGAAAUCAACAGAGGAAGGUAAUAUUACGAAUACAGAAGAUACAGAGAUUGGAGAGCCUCGUGGAGAUGUGGAAAUGGCACCUGUGUAUCUUAGUCACUUACUUCCAGUGUUCUGUCAUACCUUCCAAGCUACAAUGGUACAUACUGUAAGAAAGGCUUCGCUCAGUAUACUUCGUAAAAUGGUGCACUAUAUUCCUGCACCCUUGCUUCACCAGGUGUGUGGUGGUGAGGAGGCAACUAUUAGCACUCCCACAAACAGUACCAGCGUUACCACAAACACUGCCAGUAACCUUUUAGGUUCACAGCUUGUGGAAGUUAUUGCUCUAGUCUUAGGCAAUGAGGAGGAUGAAGAUGGUCAUUUAGUAGCUUUGCAGAUGGUGGAUGAUCUCCUCAGCAAGGCUGCGCCAUUGCUGUUAGAACAUUGUGCACGUUUGGGUGUUAUCAGUAAAGUGGGAACGCUGGCUGGCCCAUCAGACCCACCCAUUGAAGAAUAUACUCCAAUAAAAGGGAAAGAAGAACAGGAUGGGGAGGACCCAGGUAUGGAAGAUGCUAACGAAGUUGUCCCCGGUAAGGCGUACCACUGGCGGGACUGGUGUGUAGCACGGGGUCGGGAUUGUCUCUACAUAUGGAGCGAUGCUGCUGCUUUGGAGCUGUCCAAUGGUUCCAAUGGCUGGUUUCGCUUUAUUCUAGACGGAAAGCUGGCAACCAUGUAUUCCUCAGGAAGUCCCGAAGGAGGAUCAGAAAGUACAGCAGAGAACCGCAGUGAAUUCUUGGAAAAGCUCCAACGAGCUAAGUCAGCAGUACGGCCAGGAAGUCCAAGUCAGCCGGUCUUAUCUUCGCCAGGACCUGCACGCUUAGUCAUUGGAAACUGGUCACUUCAGUGCAAAAAAGAAGGUGAGCUGCACAUUCACAACUCAGAUGGACAACAGCAAGCUACCAUCCUGAGGGAGGACCUCCCAGGAUUCAUCUUUGAGAGUAAUCGCAACACGAAACAUUCUUUUACUGCCGAGACCUCCUUAGGGCCUGAAUUCCAUGCGGGAUGGACUGGACGACGGGGAAAGAGGUUCAGAUCCAAAGUUGAGGCAAUGAAGCAGAAGGUAGUGAAAAGUUUAGCUCGUGAUGUAUAUGAUAAAUACUUCAAAGCUGCACAGACUCAACCGCGAGGAGUCGUAGCUAAACUUGGCAAUAUUGUUGCACAAAUUGAAAGAGCAUGUCAGAAGCAGAUAAGCAAUAAGGGUGGAGGAGAAUGGCCUGAAAUUUUACGAGCAGCUGUUGAGGAUUUGGUAACCCUCCUACGUGAUGAGAGCACGGUGUCUGCCUAUGAACUUCAUUCUUCAGGCCUUGUGCAAGCCCUUCUAACACUUCUUAGUCCAGACACGGCCCAUCAUCUUCCAGAUGAUAAUAACAGGCAGUUUUCACAAAGACGGGUAACCAAGAUGAUCAAACAGCGACGGAAUGUUUUCAAAUGUUGCUUUAUGGAUAAGGUAGAUGAAGAAAGUGCUACCAUCAGCUCAUCAGUCAGCCCUGGUACCCAGCUAGUUAGAAAAUUAGUAUCUGUGCUAGAGAGUGCAGAGAAACUUCCUUUGUAUAUAUAUGAUGUACCUGGAGCUGGAUCAGGCUUGCAAGUUUUAAGCAGACGUCUACGGUUUAGAUUGGAAAGGGCUGCAGGUGAAAGCUCUCUUAUUGAUAGAAAUGGGAGAACUCUAAAGAUGGAACCCCUGGCAACUGUGGAACAAUUAGAGAGAUAUCUGUUGAAAAUGGUGGCCAAGCAGUGGUAUGACUUUGACCGCACUUCUUUUGCCUUUGUUCGCAAAUUGAAGGAAGGACACAAAAUUGUCUUCAAGAACAGCAGAGAAUUUGAUGAAAAUGGCAUAAUCUAUUGGAUUGGAACAAAUGCCAAAACCGCUUAUGAAUGGGUGAAUCCAGCAUCUGUUGGACUUGUUGUGGUCACUUCUAGUGAGGGGCGUAACCUUCCUUAUGGCCGAUUAGAAGAUAUUUUAAGUCGUGAUGCAUCUGCCUUAAACUGUCAUACCAAUGAUGACAAACGAGCAUGGUUUGCCAUUGAUCUUGGUAUAUGGUUUGUGCCGUCUGCCUACACGUUAAGACACGCUCGGGGGUAUGGACGAUCUGCACUUAGAAAUUGGAUGUUCCAGGUUUCAAAGGAUGGUAUGACAUGGACAACUCUCUAUACCCACGUUGAUGAUUGUUCUCUAAAUGAACCUGGCAGCACUCACACUUGGACCAUACAGCCUCCACCAGAGGAAAAGACUGGAUGGAGACAUAUUCGCAUUCAACAGACAGGAAAGAAUGCCUCUGGUCAAACCCAUUAUCUCUCUCUGUCUGGUCUGGAGCUGUAUGGUACAGUGACUGGGGUUUGUGAAGACUUAGGAAGAGCAGCUAAAGAAGCAGAAGCAAACUUGAGGAGACAAAGAAGACUUGUUAAGUCACAGAUGGUAAAGCAUAUGGUAGUUGGCGCACGUGUGGUACGUGGUCUUGACUGGAAGUGGCGCGAUCAAGAUGGCAACCCUCCGAGUGAAGGAACCAUUACUGGAGAGCUUCACAAUGGGUGGAUUGAUGUGACUUGGGAUCAUGGAGCUUCUAAUAGUUACCGUAUGGGUGCUGAGGGUAAAUACGACCUGAAAUUAGCUCCAGGUUAUGAUCCCGAGUUUCCCCAGGUGUCCACUGUUGCCAGCACCAUGAGCAGUACCUCCAGCAACACUGCCACCACUGUCACGUCAUCGGCAUCCAUAGCCACAAUUACUACAGCCAUAAAAUCGACAAAGGUGGUUAGCACGGAUGUUACUCAAGGGACUAGUGUAUUGACCAGUCGCAAGUGCAGCUCCACUCCCUCGUUACCUCAGGCAACAACUGAUCUUCAUAAACAUUCUCUUGCUGCCUCAGAACAAGCAGCCUCAGAUGAUAACCUUACAGCAAAAGCUGCUGAGACUGUUGCAGAAAAUGUGCUAAGUGUUGCUAGUGCUGAAGCUUUGUUGAGUGUUGAGGGCAGUGGGCGUGAGAAAGGGAAUGAGCUGGCAUCUCUAGUACAAUCUCUCAGCUUAAAUGACCGUGACAUCACAUCUGACUUCUCUGAUGCCAUGUCCUCUUUGGAGUCUGUGCUCAAUACCUCUGAUAUCAAAUCUGGUACGGGUGAUAUGAGUGAGGCUAUGACUGUAAUGGAUGUGGCAUUGCAUCCACCUACGGACACUAAAAUGGGUUCCAUGGGCCAAGCUGGGGAUUGUCCAGCUGUGACUGUGAAUGAAGAAAAGUUUGGUGACAUCAGCAGUAUAGGGAUUAGUAACAGUGUGAGCAGCAGCAGCAACAGUAUUGGGGGCCUCACCAGCAGCAGCAGGAAGAGAUGUGGGGGUGUAGUAAUGGGUGAGGGUAAGAGGGACUGCACUGGGCGCUCCACCAUGUCUUCACAGCCUAUGAGUGUUAGUGUGCCCAACCUGACCAGUGCAGACUCUGAACCAUUGACACAUAGUUUGUUGGAGACCUUUACUCAGGUUGCCAGACGACGGGGGGGAUCAGCUACCAUGCAAUCCAGUACUGGGGUGUGUGGCAGUGGGGGAAUCGCACCCCAUGCUCCUAAUUUGCCUGCUAGUGUCAGUAAUGUGCGAACAGGCUUGGGGCAACUGAUAGGUGGGCCACCCCCAAGCCUGGCCCACCCAGUGUUCUCGCCCUCCACCCACUCCAUGUCCAGUCUGGUCCGUCUGGCCCUCUCCUCACACUUCCACCUCCCAGGAUCUGGACCACUAAGCACAGCUCAGAGUUAUCCUACUUUGACAUCAGGCACAACCUCAACUACCUCCACAACAACAACAGGUGCUGCAGCAUCCUCCACCCCUAACCAGCCAUCCACCAACUUAUCCUCCUUCCCUCAUGGUCUCACCAUGAGUCUCACAUCUACAUCUAGUGACUCGGAGCAAGUCAGUUUAGAGGAUUUUCUGGAGAGUUGUCGAGCAAGUACACUUUUAGCAGAGCUUACAGAUGAUGAGUUACCCGAUCCAGAUGAUGAUGAGAAUGAUGACGACGACAAUGAUGAUGAUGAUGAAGACUAUGAAGAGGAGGAGGAGUGUUAUGAAGUAACUAUCACAAAUUUUCACCAGGUUCGCAAUGGCAAGAGAAGAGGUUGGGAUGAUGACUUCGUGAUAAAGAGACAGUUUCCAGCACUCAUUCCAGCAUUUGAUCCUCGUCCAGGUCGCACUAAUGUUAACCAAACACAAGAUUUGGAGAUUCCUGCCCCAGGUACAGAAGACCAUUUAUGUGAUACUCCAAGUGAAGUAGUCAGUGGUCCGCGACUUAGUCUAACUCUGAGGGGUCCUAACCUCCCUGGCAUUCCAGAAGUUGAAGUACCAAUUACCAAGAAAACCUCCACAAUAUUUGCUGCCGUCCAAAUUUUGGUCCACACUGCCAAUUUUCCUUCCCGACAAGAAAGAUUGAGACGAAUCUGGGAGCCCACAUACACGCUUGUAUAUGGUGAGGCACGAGAAGAUGAGGGUAUUGAAGGAGAAAUCUCUGGUGUUCAACUACUCAAUCGUCGUAAUUCAAGGACUAAUAUAUUGACUGAAAGCUGUGGCUAUCCAGCCCUUCCUGCCAGUACAUUGACAAUGGGUGAUCCAUCAGUUGAAGAUGUGUUACAACUCCUGCGCCAGCUGUAUAUAUUAGCUCAUGAAGAUAAAGAUAAAUCUGGGCAAGUUGUGGAUGCAUUUGGGGUACGCCGUGAUGAGUUUGAAUCUAAAAAAGUUGGUAACAAACUAGUCCAACAGGUUGGUGAAGCUGUAGUCCUAGCAUGUGGUGCCCUACCAUCAUGGUGCGAGGAUCUCACCUAUGCCACCCCAAUGCUCUUCCCGUUUGAUACCAGACAUCUAUAUUUCAAUUGCACAGCUUUUGGUCCCGAGAGAUCAUUAGUGUGGCUUCAGAGUCAGCGGGAUGUGAGUGUGGAGCGGCGUGGAGGGCUCAGAAGAGAUGACCCUCAUGAAUACAGAGUGGGACGCCUAAAGCACGAGAGAGUGACUGUGCCUCGUGGCUCAAAUCUUCUUCAGUGGGCUCAGCAGGUGAUGCGUGUCCAUGCUAGCCGAAAGUCCAUAUUGGAAGUCGAGUUUCGUGAGGAGGAAGGAACUGGUUUAGGUCCUACCUUGGAAUUUUAUGCUCUUGUGGCUGGAGAAUUGCAGAGAGCAGAUCUAUCAAUGUGGUUAUGUGAUGAUCAAACUGCUGACCCCAUCACUCCUCCAGCAUUAGAUGGUGGUAAUGGUACUGGGGAUUCACAAACAAGACCUCCAGGGUAUUACAUCUGCAGACAGGGAGGUCUCUUUCCUGCUCCCCUUCCCCAGGACAGCACAGCUUGUGAUCAAGUAGUAGAGUUAUUUCAUUUUCUGGGGAUAUUUUUGGCAAAAACUUUACAGGACAAUAGACUCGUUGACCUACCUUUGUCUCGUCCUUUCCUCAAACUCAUGUGUCAUGGUGAGUUUGCCAAUGUGAAGGAUCGAGGCAUUGCAGGAAGUUCUACUAAACCCAGAGGACUUUCUUCCUUACCAUUAGAAGAGGACCUUAUGACCUCUUCCAUAAUAAGUGAAGAGAGUGAAAAAGAGCUCGAGUUGGACCCUCCCAAGUAUCGUGUCUUGGAUACUCAACCAUGGUUCAGUGGGCUUCUAACAUUGGAAGAUGUGUGCGAGGUUGACCCAGAACGAGGAACUUUCAUGCAGCAGCUCAAAUCUCUAGUUUCUAUUAAGCAGCAAAUCCUAAGUGACACAAUUCUCUCUGAAGAUGACAAACGUCUCCAACUCCACAAUUUGGCUCUUCCAACAACUCCUGAUACUCAGGGAGCUGAGCCACCAGCAGUUAGACUGGAAGAUCUUUGUCUGACCAUGCAAUAUGCUGCUCCCUCAAGACACUUGGGAUACACUGCGAUUGAGCUACGAACUGGUGGUGCUGAUCAGGAAGUGACUCUUGCUAAUGUGGAAGAUUAUAUUGACCUUACUCUUAACUGGGCCUUAGAAGUGGGUAUUAGAAGGCAAUUGGAAGCUUUCCGGGUAGGAUUUUGCCAGGUAUUUCCUUUGAAAAAAUUGGGUGCAUUUAGCCCAGAUGAGCUGAGACUUAUGCUUUGUGGUGACCAAGCACCCAUGUGGACUCGUGAAGAUAUCCUGGCAUACACCGAGCCUAAGUUAGGAUAUACUAGAGACUCUCCUGGCUUUUUGAGACUUGUUAACAUUCUCGUGGGAUUAACAGCAGAAGAACGUAAAGCCUUUCUGCAGUUCACCACUGGCUGUUCUUCAUUGCCACCUGGUGGCCUCGCCAAUCUUCAUCCUCGCCUUACAGUAGUACGCAAGGUCGAUGCAGGAGAUGGAUCAUACCCAUCUGUGAAUACUUGUGUGCAUUACCUCAAGAUGCCGGAUUACUCUUCGGAGAGCAUAAUGAAAGAGAGGCUUCUUGCAGCCACUCGGGAGAAGGGCUUCCAUCUUAACUAAUCAUUAGAAAAUAAUAAGAACUAUAGACUCAGGUUUAAGUAAUAGCUUUUAAAACCCUUGAUUCAUGAAAAUGUAUAAAAUGCUGAAUAUAUUCAACAAAGACUUCUCAUAAGUUGUAAUUAUAAAUUAAUAUUAUCUUUCUUUGGAGAAAACAUGAAUUAAAAAACGCUUGUAUAUUAUUCUUGAAUGGUAAUUUAUCAGUUGAGUUAGGUUAAAGUUGUGUAGAAUGUUUCUUAAUUACAUAAAUUUUGUUUAUAUUAAUUGAAUGGAGUUAGUUAUGCUUUAGUGUCGGCCUUUUCUCUCAUGUGGAAUGUAUCUUAGGAAAGGGUAAUAUGAAAUUAUUAAUAUUGACUUCAAAGUGCAAAUUUUACGUGAUACUUAAUGCUUAAAAACAGGAAAUUACAAUAUUAGUUUCAUUAUUUAAGAAAACUGAAGUCCUUGGUAUUGACUUCAUGCAUAUGACACAGAAAAAGGUCUUUGUCCAAAUGUGUGUGCUAAUUCAAGAUUAGUGCUUUAAAUUAAAAGUAAAUAUUAUGCCUUUCCAGGUGAUAGCUUGAGAAAGUGCAAAUGUACUCAACAAAGCACAGUGCUACCUAGCGAAAGAAUGAUGCGUGAAUGCACAGAACAUUGGUCACCCUAGUGUCUGUACAAGUAAAUGUGGCCUGUUUUAUAGAGGAGUGAAAUGUGUGAAAGCAGUUUGGAUGUUGAUGCCAAUCUGCAUAAGUGUUACUGAAGAACAAGUAUUUUCCAUAAAGUGUAAGUGACACCACAUGCAUCUUUCUUGUCCUGAAGUGAUACGUUGGCUGACAUUGGCCGGUUGUUGUUUUAUGUUGUCACCAUUAGCUUAUGUCUUUCUGUGAUAACUGAUGUGAAGGCAUUGCAUAGGCAGCAAGUUGUAUAUAAGGAAAUACAUUACAAGCAUGCCACUGUUAUAGUUGUGCGUCUCAAUGUAACAUUUAAGCAUUCAUGAUUUUGAGUGGAGAAUUACUGUGAGUAGGUGGUCGAGUGAUUGAGCAUCCAUUCUAUAAUACACGAGUCUGCUGUUCAGUGUUGGCUGUUCUCAUCUUGGCUUGUUAGCAAGGAUCUCAUGAUAAUAAUUCUAAUAAGCCCACUGUAGUAAAUGCUUGAAUGUGUGAUUUAUUAUAUUGCUAUAAUCCAUCCCAAGCAUAUUUCUUCUCUUAACAUUUCAACAAAUUAAACAUAACAAACAUUGUGGUCCUGGUCAUGAAGGGUGAGAGGCGGUGUUUGUAACCAAGACAAGGCAUCGACAUUGUCUGUAGUUCCACUAACAAAGAUUUGGUAAUCUUGUCAUUUGAGAAGUCUCAAGCAUGCUAGGGCAGAUCAUGCUAUGUUUGUACUUGAAAUAUUAUUGGUGGCUAGACAAUUGAUCUGAGACUUGUGCACAAGUUUGUAACAUAGCUUCUUUUCUGCAUUGUCAGUAGCAGGUUGAGACAAAGUAGUAUGGGAUUACAGGCUGGCAACUCGAUCUCUUCAUUGAGCUUGUCAUAGUCAUGCUCUGUGUUGUGCCUUAUAUUUUUUUCUUCUGAAGUUUUAAUUUUUUUAAUAAUUUUAUGUUCAUGCUAUACAGAUAGUUGAAACUAAGUUUAAAAAUGCAUUCUACUUUCUAUAAAUCAUAAUAAGGAAAGAAUGUUUGUAAAUUUGUCUUGUGAAAUUACUGUUUUAUGUUUUGAGGAGCUAUGGACAGUGCUCAGAGUUUAUUUUUCAUUAACUUUUAUAAUAUUUUCAACAUUUAAAUAAAUAUUAUGUAAUUGGAUUGUAAAGAUCAUCAUGUGAAAAACUUGUAGUAUUUGUUGCCUUAUUUAUUAAUGGUGUAUGUAAAACAUAGCCUAAUGUAGAGGAAACUCUAGAGGAUGUAAAGUAGGCAUAUAAGAUCUAGAGAGUGUGUGACAUGCACCCUUGACAGGCCAGUUAUCUUUAGGGAUAUGCCCCAUUCUCUUGCCUUCAGAGAGUUAGUUGUACAUCACAGCAGUGGUUAAUGGGCUCUGGUGUUUAAUUAAAACAGUUCCACUCAAAAGUUCUUACAAAUACAAAAAAGAAAGAUAGCUUAGAUAAUAUUGCACUUCAUCAUCAGUGCUAGAAAUCUUCACAGUAGGCAAGUAAAUCACAUAGUUGAAGGGAAGUAAUUAUUAGCAGCAAGAGUAGUUGCAAUUGACUUCAUUUUGAUUUAUCUCUAUAUCAAAAAGUGAGCAUAAAUGUUAGAAUGCAAUAGGAAUAAUUGUGCAUAUAUUCAAUAUUUAUUUUAUACUGCUAAA